GCGGCAGAUCUAGAGACGCACAUCAUGUCCGCAUCCAGUGAACCCCACCUCGUCCCUCCCGUCGCUGCCCACACAUUUUCCUCUUCCCGACAUAAACAACAGCAGCAGCCGUUUCUCUCUCUUCCCCUCUCUCUCUCUCUCUCUCUCUAUCAUUCUCUCUCUACCCACCGGCAGCACCUUCCAUGGCGCACCACGCCAAGCACCGGCGCGAUUUGGCAGCGGCGGAGCUCCAGGCCCGGACCCAACCCACCGUCAGGAAGCACCCGAAGCAGGCCCUCAUCGCUGCCGCCGCCGCCGCCAGAGCCGUGAUGGUCGAAGACCACCCAGAUCCCACCGUCCCCUCCAGGCCCCUCGACGUGCCCAGGAUCGCGGUUUCCCAGAAGCCCGCCGCCAAUGCGAGCUACGCGGCGUGUAAAGACAAGUUCUUGCAAGCCAUGGCCUUGAAUAAAUCUGCAGACUUUGAGGCUACCAAGUUCUCUCCUUGCUCGGUCGCCGCCAGGCAAGGGAAGGGGAAUCAAGAAGUGGGGAGGCGUGGGAGGAAGACGAAGGGCGAUUGCGCGGCGAAGGUGAAGAAGUCGGCCGGGGAAGGUGGGGCGGUCGAGAAGGAGGAGAGCAAGGUGAAGGCGUCUCGAGAUGGGAUCGACGCGGUCAAGUUCGCGUCUCUGUCGUUGGAGGAGAAGGAGUCGAGGAAGGGCCCCGAAGAGGGUGCGGAUGGCGGGAGGAGGAAUUCGACGUCCUCGGCGGUGGCGGCGGCGAGCGGCAGGAGGAGGCGGUCCUUCGGCGGCGUGGAGGUUGAGCUGAGCGAUGUGUUCGCCAGCAGCGGAGUGAGAGUUGUUGCGGUCGACAUGCCGCCCUUUAUGCAGAUUCAUGCCGUGGAGUGUGCGAGGAAGGCCUCCGAUAGCCUCGAGAAGUUCAGCUGCAGGGCGCUUGCUUCCACCCUCAAGAAGGAGUUUGAUGGGGUGUACGGACCUGCUUGGCACUGCAUUGUGGGGACAAGCUUUGGGUCUUUUGUGACGCACUCGGUAGGGGGGUUCAUGUACUUCUCAAUGGAUCAAAAGAUGUAUGUCCUCUUGUUUAAAACUACAGUACAGAGAGCAGAUUGAAGUGGGGUGGCUAGGGGAAGCAGAAAAGGGAAAAAGAUUGGAGAGCUUCUUUUGGGUUUAGGGAACUCUUGUGAGAGGCUAUAAAAAAGCUACACGCAAUGCCGUCCUUUUGUAAAUUGUACAUUAAUUCUGAUUUACAGGAGUUUGGGAAAUGGCAUUUGCCCUUUUGCUGGUUUCAUCACUUUUCUUGUGUUGGAAGUAAAGCUUUUCCUAGUGAGUGGGCUCACUUGAUGGAAGGGUGAAGCUGAAUCUCGAAGCCAUUGCUUUUGCUCGCUUGUCGUGGGAUUUUUACUGGGGGACAAGCCACAUGGAAUAGGAAGCUCUUUAAGUCUUCCAAUUUUCAUUGAAAUUUGACUUGGCUUUCUAGCUU